CAGAGGAAGGAGCGGGGCACCCUCAUAGCGAGCGGCGGGGACGGAGCGAGAGACGGAGUCAGAGGAGCGCAGGAGGCAGCGAGGUGGGCAGGGGGCGGGGCGGGGGGGUGACCUGCAUAGUGGCGAGGAGAUGGAGCGGGGUGAUCACUGAAUAUCGGAGGCGACGAGCAGACGGAGCGAGAAGACCUUCGUGUCAGCCGGGGGAACCUCAGAGAUCAGGAGGCGGAGCAAGGGGACCUAACAGCGAACAGGCGAUAGAGUGAGGGGACCUUUAUAGAAGCGAGAAGAGGCGGCGAGGGGGUCUACAUAGCGACCAGGUGGCGCGGCGAGGGGGACCCUCCUCAGGGACGACUCCCGGCCAGGCCAAUGGCCUCGUGCGCUCAGACAGUGGCGGCGACCACGAACAUCGCGAUCGGGGUGGCGCUCUGGCUGGUGUCGGGUGCCAGCGUGUACACGGGCUGCCUGGGGCCUGAAGAUGUGGGCUACCUGCGCUGUGCGGGCGCCGUGGUGAGGACACGGGUUCCACGUGAGGAUUGCAUCCCUGCGGCCACGGUGCACCUCUACAUCGGCUCGAGGAAGACCUGUCUGGUGAGCUGCUUUCACCUGCUGGCCGUGAGCACGUUCACCAUGAGCACCCUGUGCCUCCUGUGGUACGGGUGCAUGCUGGUGGCUCGGCCCUCCAUGCUCAGCAUCAACACGAACCUACUGCUGCUGCUCCUGCUGGAGAUGCUCGUGGUGGUGCACUUGCUGCUGGUGGUGCGUGCCCGCCAGCGCUGCUGCCCUGGGGCCGUCAGUAGAUCUUACAACCUGAAGAGCCAGGGCGCGGCGUGGGACGGGCACGUCUUCCCGGUGCGCGCCGUGCGCCUCUGCGCGACCCUGGAGGUGGUUGGGGGGGUGUUCGCCCUCUUUGGCGGGGUCAUGGCGCUGACCCUUCAGCCGUGGUCAGCGCACUCGGCCUCGCUGCAGGCCUGCCUCUGGACUCUCAUCGCGGGAUUCCCAGCUGCUGUCGCGGGACACGUGGCCUCGGAGCACCCGUCCAUGCCCCUCGUGGAGGUGCUGCUGGCGCUGAGCGGCCUCACCAGCCCCGUGACGGCGGCUGCGGCCGGGUACCUCUGCGUGAGCCUCCCACGCUCCAUCGCGCUCUUCACGGAGCCGGACUCCAGCAUGAAGGUCAUCGACAUCCUGAUGGUGGCCAUCAUGGUGGCUCUGCUCAUCAACAGCGCCCUGACCCUCGUCACCACGUUCGUCUGCGUCAACUACAAAACGCUCGCCCUGCUGCCGCUGCUGCCCACCCACUCACCCUGCACUCCGGCCUCCGACUCCACCGCCCUCAACAACUACGACCACGCGGACCCGGCGUCGCGCGUCGCCCCGCCGUACGCCGCGCCCUCCGACCCCCCCGAGCGCGGCCGCGCUCAGCCGCCCCCCGGCUCUCCGCAACGGCGGCAGCGCCACCUCCACCGAGACUGCCCCGGAGGCCGCCCGCCCUCGCCAGACCGCCCGCAAGGCGGCGGCCGCGCCGGCUCCUCCGACGGCGGGCCCAACUCGCUCCCGUCCGAUCCGCUCGUCCGGCACGGACUCUCCGACUCGCCGGGCCCGGCCCGCGCAAGACCCUCGCCCGGCCAGUCCCGGCGCGUGGAGCACCGUCGCUCGCCCGUGCAGCACCGGCCGCCCGCGGCUCCGGCCACUCCGGACCGCGGGCGGGCGCUCUACGUGACGGUCGGCUCGCAGAGCCAACCGCUGUCGUCUCUGUCCCACAAGCCGCCCCCCCCUCGCAAGGCCUCCUCCUCGGAGCUGGUGCCGGCGACGCAGGGGCCGCAGGCCAAGAGGGGCUCCCCAUCUCAAACCCCGGCGUCCGGCAACGGGAAAGCCUCUCCGCCGCCGAAGGGGUUCAAGCCGCCCGUCUUUUCCGUGCUGGCGUCGCCGGGCGGCAGGGGCAAGCACUCGCUGCUGGUGGCCUCCGCCAAGCCGGUGGCGCUGCUGCCCCUACCGCCCCCACGGGACGUGCACGGGGACGCCAGGGCAGCCCCCAGCAAGGAAACGAGAAUCAAGAGGCUGCGGGAGAAAUUUGUGGACAACAUUUAGGCGAAAGGGGCGCGAUGUUUUCCCCGAGGGCGCGACAGAGAGCCCAACUCCGUCAGCCGAGCCGCCCAUCACCGCUGCCUCCCAUCACCCCUCCUAACAUGGCGACACGCGCCAGCUUCCGUCGCUCCACGCCGUCCGUAGAAGCAGUUACCAUAGUUCAAAUCGGCCAUAACACCCCAACCCUUGCAGCUGCGGCGUUAAUCUCGUUAACGAUGACAUUAGCGACGGGAAAAGGUACGUCGGUUGAGCGUUUGUUUUAGUCCGACGGUGACCGCGUGAACGAUUAUCGACCGCGGCUGCCCCUGCUGCCCAGCGCAGACCGAAGCUUGGCCGGCCGUGACGAGGCGGAGCCCACGGAGUCGCAACGGAGAGGCAGACUACCCGAGGUCGUUCAGUGUCGUUUAGUGACGUUCACUCAAGACCGCAGAGCGCCGAGGAAGACCACGCAUGGUGAUUGGCUAUGCGCGUGUUAAACGAGAUCGACCGAGUUCACCGAUUGGCUGAGCUGCUGAUAUGGGGGGGUGGGGAGUAUGGAAUUGAGCACUCCUCACACCAACAUUGAAAUACUCAGUGUCUGACUGACUAAACGUGACUGCUCCAGUCGACCAGAUUAAGAGAACGACUUCAUGACGUCCACAGACCGAGACUCGACUGAAACUCCGCAGGCUGCCAUCGUGUUCACGCCAUCUGGACCCGUGUAGAGAUUACGAUGAAGUGUCCGUAAAAGACCCGCAGGUUUGUCUGCAUCCAAUAAACAACCCCCCCCCC